AUGGCAAGAUAUUCCAACAUCGACGACCUCGAUUAUGCCGACGACUCUUCAGACGACGGUCUACAUUCAUUCAACGAUAACAACAACAGCGCCUCCUCCUACCGUCUUACUAAAUACGCCCGCCCGUUAAUCGACUACGUCCGAAACGAGUGGCAGAGCAAUCCCAAAUAUGCCUCCCUUCCCACAACAAACAGCGACACCUCUGACUACCCGCGCUGGGUCCAGAUGCUCGGCUCGAUCGUAACAGCACCCCGCUUCCGCCGGUACGUCCUUGUUUAUACGACAGUUCUGGUCUCGUGCUGGCUCGGGUGGAAGUUCGUCGUGUCGCCGCGGCUGGAGGAACAUGCGGCGAUUCUGCACGCGCUGGAUCCGCAGGUGAAGGAGGAAGUGGGCGGGUGGUUUGGGGCGAAUGCGUUACCCAGAUUCGAUAUUAUCGUUCAGUUGAGGACGCUGGAGCCGUCGUUGUUGCCGGGGGAGGUGACAUCGGAGUCCGAUGAGCAUGGUGGAAGGAGGUUGAUUUUUAUCGGUGAUGUGCAUGGUUGCAAGGAUGAGUUGGAAAGACUCCUAGAAGAAACAUCCUUCAACCCAGACACCGACCAUCUCAUUUUCACCGGCGACAUGAUCAACAAGGGCCCCGACAGCCUGGGCGUCGUCGACCUAGCCCGCGAAUACUCAGCCUCAUGUGUCCGUGGCGACCACGAAGACAGGGUUCUCAGCCUCCGCCACAACAUGAUCGCCGCCAACACCAUGAACGACGAAUUCCUCGACGACGCAAACAUGCACAGGGGCCAGUACACGAAAGAGCGCCAAUUGGCGCGACAGCUGAGCGAAGAGCAAGCUGAUUGGCUCGAUACUUGUCCGGUCGUUCUGAACGUAGGCCAGAUCAAAGAUAUGGGACAGGUUGUUGUGGCCCAUGCGGGGCUGGUUCCGGGGGUGGAUCUUGAUAAGCAAGAUCCGUAUAGUGUUAUGAAUAUGUUGACUGUUGAUUUGGAUACGCAUGUGCCGAGUUCGUCGAGGAAAGGCAUAAAGUGGACCAAGGUGAGUUACACCCUCUGUUUCUUGCGUGUAUGCAAUCGUCGUCUCCAUGAGACCUUCGAAAACCCCGAGUCGAUGCUCACGACCGUCAUCUACGGCCACGAUUCCAAGUCGUCGCUUUCUCUCAAGACCUACACUAAGGGUAUAGAUACCGGCUGCUUCAAAGGCGGGAAACUAACGGCACUGGUCGUUGGGGACGGUGGAAAGCAAAAGACCGUGCAGGUGAGAUGUAACAACCACACUUAA